AUGCCUCCUAAAGGCCCAUCUGGGUCUGAAUUCCGAAAGAGGAAGCGUGAUAAAGAAAAUGAGGACAAAAAAAUGUCAAAAGUUUUAAUGAGUUGGACAAAACCCAAUCUUAAUCUGUCCCAAAAUUGUCCAAGCAACUUUCACGCAGAUAAUAUAGAAAUUUACGACAUAGUCACUGAAAUAUGUCAAGAACCAGAACCUACCACAUCACAUCAUGACGAGCAAAUGAAUCAAAUCGCAUCUUUAGACAUAACUGAUUUAGAUUUAGUCGAUUCUGUUCUGCAAGACCAGCAAGACCAAAGUCUAGAAAUCUCCAAGGCUUUACAAUUAGAUAAUGCGUCCGCCUCUGACCUUGAUAGAAAUGAUCCACAGUCAUGGUUCCCGCUAAAUGAUUCUAUACGAAAUUUUCUUAUAGAACAAGGCCCUGAUCAAGGAAAAUGGUCAACAUUUUCUCUUUCUGAUACUACUAACAGAAAGUUUAGUAAGGAAUGGUUUAGAAGGAAAUUAGCUAACGGUCAAUUUCCGUCAAAUUCCGCGUCAUCGCUUACUAAUCCAGCGCGAGGUUUUAACGAUUGGCGACAUUUAAGUCCUAGGAUUCCUGAUCAUGAGAAUUCAGUACUUCACCACCAAGAAAAGGAAAAAUGGCGACAUAUCCUAAAAGUCCACAUUGAUGUUAUGUUUUGUGCUGAGAAUAAUUUAGCUUCAAGAGGAUCUCAUGAAAAAAUAGGUGAACCAGGUUCAGAUCAAGAUGGCACCACAAUGGAGGAAUUCGUCAAUAUAAGGGCACGUCGUACGAAGAGUCUAAAUGAAUGCGGAAUUUUGCGAGGGGGAUACGUGUUAAUAUACCAGGUACUCCGUCGUGCUUGA